AUGCGUGAACUGGCGGAUAUCCCCUUCCAUAGGUAUAAGGCUGUGGCACCAUCAUCUGCAGCGUUGUUAGAUACUGGUCAAGUACGUCCAUUUGCCGUGGCAGCUGUACUGAGAAAUAUUAAAUUUACCGAGGAUAGGUACAAAAGCUUCAUAGACCUCCAAGAUAAACUGCAUCAAAAUAUUUGCAGGGUGAGAAAAUUGGUUGCCAUAGGAACGCACGACCUUGACACCAUACAAGGACCAUUCAUAUAUGAUGCUAAACCACCAGCAGAUAUCAAGUUCAAGGCAUUGAAUCAAACACAAGAAAUGACGGCUGUAGAACUGAUGAAACUUUACUCCGGAGACAGUCAUCUUAAGGCGUAUUUACCUAUCAUCCAAGAUAAACCAGUCUACCCAGUGAUCUAUGAUAAAAAUGGAGUUGUUUUGUCCAUGCCUCCUAUCAUCAAUGGCGAGCAUACAAAGAUCACCCUAGAGACCAAGAACGUGUUUAUAGAAUGCACGGCAACAGAUCUGACGAAGGCUAAGAUAGUGCUGGACACCAUUGUUACCAUGUUCGGACAAUAUUGUGAGGAACCUUUUGUGAUAGAGCAAGCUGAAGUCAUACAGCCAGACGGUACUACAGUUGUUUAUCCUGUAAGUUGAGAUGAUUUAAAGGCACUCCACUGAGGUU